UGACGGGUUGCGGAUAAUUUAUUCUGGGUUGAAAUGAAGAAACAGAUUCAGCGAUUUGUGCAGGCAUGUGAUAUUUGUCAAAGGCAAAAAUAUGUAGCAACAACUCCCGGGAGGCUUCUCCAAUCACUGCCGGUGCCAUCUCAAAUUUGGGAGGAUGUGUCGAAGGAUUUCAUCACCGGUUUACCGAAAUCUAAGGGCUAUGAGGCAGUGAUGGUGGUGGUGGAUAGACUGUCAAAGUAUGCGCACUUCAUACCUCUGAAGCAUCCUUAUUCAGCAAAAACACUUGCUGACGUGUUUGUUAAGGAAGUCAUAAGGCUGCACGGUGUUCCGAUAUCGAUUGUAAGCGAUAGAGAUCCGAUAUUUGUGAGCAAAUGCACGAUUUUUAUGGAUUCUGUGGUAGUGGAUUCAGACAAGGGAAAUGAGGCAGAUCAUAGCUUUCUAGAAGAGAGCACACAUAUAUUGGAUGGAGUUGAACUUCAAGAGCCAUAUGUGGGCAUGGAGUUUGAUUCUGAAGAAGCUGCCAGGAAGUUUUAUGCUGAAUAUGCUAGACGCGUAGGAUUUGUUGUGCGCGUUAUGCAACGUCGACGUUCUGGAAUUGAUGGCAGGACUCUUGCUCGUCGACUUGGAUGUAACAAACAAGGAUUCUCACCAAAUAGCAAGGGAACAUUGGGAAAAGAAAAAAGACCACGGCCUAGUGCACGAGAAGGUUGCAUGGCAACAAUUUUGGUUAAGAUGGAAAAAUCUGGAAAAUGGGUUGUCACAAGAUUUAUAAAAGAUCACAACCAUCCUCUAACUGCCACAGCUAAUGGUUUCAGGACAGAGGACGAUAAAGAUAAGAAAAUCGCUGAACUUACUAUGGAGUUGGAGCGACAAGAUGAACUAUGUGCUGCAUAUAGAGAAAAACUACUCAGCUUCAUAAACAAUAUUGAGGAGCAAACGGAGGAAAUGUCCACAAGAGUUCAACUCAUUAUUGAAAAUAUAAGGAGAGCUGAGUCUGAAAUGCAAAAAAGCUCACAGAAAGUGUAUAAUUGAAUGUGUAUGGUAUAUAAUUUCAAUAGUUGUAUAUUACUCCAUUAUACAUUGGAAUAUGUUCUUUGCUAUUUCUCUUCCCGCGAGCUCGGGGAAAUGAGAUGCGUAGCACCUACCGUUUUAUACAUAAGUUAUUUCCGAAUCACAUCAAUAGUUAUAAAUGAUGUAUUUUAUGUAGGAUCGGCAAACGUUGUUCACAUUUUGAUGAAAGAAAUGGAAACCACAACUACAACAACA